AUGGUUUAUGGUAGUAUAUUCCCGUCAGAGCCUACUGCGCAAAUGCAAAAGCGAAAAGCCUUCUCAAGGGAGGCGAAGAUGACGGGACUACAGUUCGGAAAAUCGGAAGAUAACGAAAUGUUAUGGAUUGGCAGCUGUCCCCAUCCAAAGAGCAGGAGCAUCUCUCGGCAGAAGUCCACCUUUCAAGGGCAAUACUUUGUGCUGGACGCGAAGUCAAAGCAAUGGUUGGACAACUAUGUGAAGCCACGCGAGUUUGUCAUACAAGAAUAUCGUCUGCAAAAUAUGAACGAGCCGCUCGCGCCCUUCUUUCUCCAGUACAAAGGCAGACGUGUUGACCAAGUGACGGUGCCGUGGUUUGAGGCGUUAAUCAUCUCGACGAUUUGGAAGGAGGAUCGUCAAAUGCUUGGCGACGAAAAGGCAGUGGAACCUGCGCAGUAG